GUACUAGCUUACAAUAAUUGAAAAAAAAUGCGUUUGCGCUUUGCGUUUGUGCUUAUUAGUUGGCGCCACUAUAGAGAAAGGAUUUAAUCACUAAACGUUUUUAAGUUAGUGAACCAUGAUUUGUAUAUUUUAUUUAGAUAUCUGUACCUUCUUGUUAACAAUUUUCAUUAUGAUACUAUACAUAGAAUGCGGCACACAUGAUAAGAUUAUUAUGUCCAUAAAUAUAACAUGAAGUUGUUAAAAUAAAGUUAAGUAUUUCAUUGCUUAUUAUUAAAAUAGGUAGGAAUCUUGUUUUGUUUCAUUAUUACAAUAUACUUAGACACGGUCUGACAGGCUUGUCAACGCUAAAAUUAACUAAUCUCCUGUUGAAUCUCUUGUCAA